CGGAAUUUGGCAAUAUAAAUUAAGGAAACACUGAUUUAAAGAUCUGGCAACUUUGGAAAAAGGAAAUUAAAAAAAAAAAAAGAAAUCCUUGGACUGCUUUUCAUUGUAAUUUUGUGUAAAUAAAAUUGGGGUGUUUAUUUAGUAUUAAGUACUUUUAAGUGACUAAUUUUUAACAAUUAUAUUUAUAAUGUCAAAUAGUACAAUUGAAAGAAAAAUAAAGGGAUUAGAAGAACGCUUCGAAAAUGAAAUGCGUAUCCACAGAGAGGGUGGCAUCCACAAUCAAGGUGGACUUGGGGCUUCCAAACCCGGGAUCAGUCGAAGACCUAGGCCUCCUCCCAUUUUUCCCAACAAAGAAAUCCCAGCAUUUCCACCACGGUCACCGCAAGCUUCGGAGACUGAAAAUAGGAUGAGAGAAGUAUAUAAGGUUAGCGGCAAGUUGAAUGUAAACGGAAGGGAGUACAGGUCACUUGUUGACGACCUACAACAUUUGGGUGAGCUGGGCAGUGGAACUUGUGGCCAUGUUGUUAAAAUGUUGCACAAGCCUUCUAAUACAGUUAUAGCUGUCAAGCAAAUGCGUCGCUCCGGCAACUCUGAAGAAACGAAGCGUAUCCUAAUGGAUUUAGACGUGGUAGUGCGGUCCCAUGGGUGCCCUUACAUAGUGCGAUGCCUCGGCUGUUUCGUCACCGACUCGGACGUCUGGAUCUGUAUGGAGCUGAUGGCAUCCUGCUUCGACAAACUGCUGAAGCGAGUGGGGGCGCCCAUACCGGAAGCUAUACUGGGGAAGGUCACGGUUGCGACGGUGAAAGCGUUAUCUUACCUAAAGGACGAACACGGGGUUAUCCACCGCGAUGUUAAGCCUAGCAAUAUUUUACUGGACGAGUGCGGUAAUGUGAAGCUCUGCGACUUCGGCAUCAGCGGGCGACUGGUCGACUCUAAAGCGAAGACGAGGAGCGCCGGGUGCGCAGCUUAUAUGGCCCCGGAACGAAUCGACCCGCCAGACCCGACGCGGCCCGACUACGACAUACGCGCGGACGUCUGGUCUUUGGGCAUUUCGCUCGUGGAAUUGGCGACUGGAGUCUUCCCCUACAGAGACUGUCAGAACGACUUCGAAGUAUUAACCAGGGUAAUAGCAGAUGAUCCGCCACAGUUACCAGACACAACCGAUUUCUCGCCAGAAUUUAAAUCAUUUGUGUCACAAUGCCUCACAAAGAACUAUCGACACAGGCCGAAAUACGUGAAACUACUUGAGCAUCCGUUCGUAGUGAACUCUUCGCGGAACAACGUAUCAGUGGGCGCGUGGUACGCCUCGUUACCGAUGCCAGAGCAACCGCGACCUCAGCCCACUCAGACUUUGAGGAUAGAAGGAGGGAUAGCUACCCCACCAAUAGAAGCCCCGGUUACACCGCAGCCAGUGAGGAAUUUCGUUACCAGUGCGCAUUAUUGGACGCCCGAACAGGCAACUCCGACACCUGGCAGGGCGUUGUGGGCAGCGAGUGCGGGGUCAGGUGGCAGCAGUUCGCAGCCGGCCAGUCUGGAGGCAGACUUAUCCUCACACUCGCCUUACCCAAGGAGAAGAACGUUCGACACGUGCGCGUCGCCACCGCCACCAGUAAGACGGGUAUCAGCAGAUAGCAGGUGGAGGCCCUCACCGCAGAGUUCUGGCAACACCAGUCCCAUAGUGUUGCAACGUUUCUACCACCAAAGUCAGCAGCGACGGUCCCGCGCCGAUCUCCACGCGGCACCGCGACACAGAAGUUUGAGCCGUGAACACAGUACGGGACGGUCGCCGGAACCUCCGCCCAGAACGAGUCGACAGCAUCCGAUGUUGGGACACGACGCUCCACAUUCAAUAGUAGCCAAUGGUAGUGCAGAACUGGAGCCGCCCGCUUUACACGAGCGCCUACAUCCCGCCUCGCCGCUACUCAUUACCAACGACAAAAGUUGCGAAGGGCGCAGUCAAAGUUUAACUCGCGCGGAAUUGCGCAACGGAUUCCGUGCGGAACCGCCUCCACCCAGGCUUCACCACGACGACCAGGGCUGGCUGCACUCGCUGGCCGGGCUGGUGAAGCGCCGCCUGUCGCCCUACGUCAAGUGGCAUCACCUUGCAGCGCGCCGCGACUCACUCAACCACCACGAACACCAUUCUACGGCCCACCACGCGCAACUCAGGUGGGGCACCAGCGAGAGUUGGAGCGUGCCCGCCUCUCCGCUGCCUCCCCGCGCGCCCCCGCCGAGACCCACAGACUAGCGCGCCCUGCGACUCCACCUAGCGCCAUUCGUCACAUGCCAUCCCACUGUAGCUUCUUAGCUAUCAUAUGAAGCCUCCAAUCGUGACGCAAUCGCCUGCAGUCAUGACGCGUUAGUUUUGAGUCAUGACGCAUUCGCCUGCAGUCAUGUCGCAUUAAAUUUGAGUCAUGACGCAUACGCCCGCAACUGUGUGAAUAAUCAUUGUUAUCGUGUUUGAACUGCAUGGUGAGACCUAAGGAGUGUUAUACAUGUAACCGGGUCAGCAGUUAUGCCUCAACAAAGUUUUGUUUGUCUGGUUCGCGCGAUCAAUUUUUAUCGCAUUUGAAUACGUAUUUUUUUCCCAGUAUGAUGACUUAAACCCACAAAAUAUUAUUAAUAAUGCCAAUUAGGCAUCGGUGACCGAUUUAUCUAGAUUCAACCCAUCUUUGAAUCAAAUACCUAGCCGUAGUAUAUUAAAGCUUUAGGUCAGUUUUACCGUUCAAGGAAAUAAAAACUGUCGACUCGCUUAUAUUUAUAGCGCGCUUAACAGCGAAUCAUAUUGUAAUGUAUGAUGUGUGGCGUGUUCAUCCGCCAUUUCAUUAACUAACACGACAAUACGGAAAAGAUGCGACAGGCAAUCAUAUUGUGAAGAGAACCAAACGAGUGCAGAGUGAGCUUCGCGAAAUCAUGAGAUUCGUUCAUCGGGGGAAAUGGCGCUAUAUUGAAAACCCCAUCGUUUUAGGAAAAAGUAUAUUUAAUAGAAAUAUAAUUGAUUCGGUGCACGAGUUAAAUUAAAACACCAACAGAAGCCAUACAUAAUUAUGUAUAUGUCAUCUCGCCAUAUUACAAAAUAAGUUAGCACAGGCACCCGAGGUUUUUUAUACGCUACGUUUAGCGAUGAUUAUAUUAUUAAUUUGAGUCCUAGUUCUAAGGCUAAUUUAUCUGAAGAUUCUCUUGUAUUUUAUACAAUCAC